GUCUUAUUUGUUAACCUAUGUUUGUUAUACGAGGGUAGUGUAGUCUUAUUUGUUAACCUAUGUUGCAGUGUCUUAUUUGUUAACCUAUGUUUGUUAUACGAGGGUAGUGUAGUCUUAUUUGUUAACCUAUGUUUGUUAUACGAGGGUAGUGUAGUCUUAUUUGUCAACCUAUGUGUGUUAUGCGAGGGUAGUGUAGUCUUAUUUGUUAACCUAUGUUUGUUAUACGAGGGUAGUGUAGUCUUAUUUGUUAACCUAUGUUUUCUUAUUUGUCAACCUAUGUGUGUUAUGCGAGGGUUGUGCAGUGUCUUUUUUGUUAACCUAUGUUUGUUAUACGAGGGUAGUGUAGUCUUAUUUGUUAACCUAUGUUGCAGAGUCUUAUUUGUUAACCUAUGUUUGUUAUACGAGGGUAGUGUAGUCUUAUUUGUUAACCUAUGUGUGUUAUGCGCGGGUAGUGCAGUCUUAUUUGUUACUCUAUGUGUAUUAUACGAGGACAAAAUCACAAUGUUAAGUGUUCCACAACAGUGA